ACCACCACCACCACCACCACCACCAUCACCACCACCACCAGUACCACGACCACCACAACCACCAGUACCACGACCACCACCACCACCACUGCCACAUUAGUCCAAGUUCUGUGCCAUCUCAGUGAACGCGGCAUGCCUCCCGCUGUCCAAGACAGCACAGGACACAGCUCAAGUGAGGAGGAACAUGACACAGCACACAGCUCAGGAGAGGAGCAGCAUGGCACAGCACACAGCUCAGGGGAGGAGCAGGAACAAGGGCAGAAUGAAGGCCACCAACCCAUCCAUGCCAUGAUACAGAUGUCACUAUGCCCAGAGUCAUCCACGCCUCCAUCAGCCCGGGACAGGGGGUAUGCCUGGGUGGUGGUAGUGGGAGUGUUCUGGAUCAACACACUCUGCGCUGGAUACAUCAAGAGCUUUGGCAUCACGUACCUCCUGCUGCUGGAACACUUCCCUGAUGCCUCUGGUGCUGCUGCUGGCUUGAUCAUUGGCCUGCUGAUGGGCACACGGGGACUGCUGACCUGUGUUGCAGCACCUCUGAUGGGGGCAAUGGCAGUGAAGAUCGGACCACGGCGGAGUAUUCUGACUGGCACGUUGCUUGUCACGCUUGGCUUGCUGCUUGCUAUCCCCAAACUCUCCAUCCACUAUAUGGCUGCCACACUGGGUGGUCUUGUGGGUAUUGGCAUCUGCAUGAGUGAAACGCCCGGCAUGCUACUGGUCACUGAUUACUUCAUGGAGAAACUCUCCUUUGCCAAUGGCAUCCGGGCCUCAGGGAACCCCAUGGGGGGAAUUUUGUUCUCCCCAAUGGUGGUGUUCCUCAAUGACCAGUUUGGGCUGCAGGGAACCUUCAUUCUCCUAGCAGGCAUCAUGAUGCACAUUGCCAUUUUUGGAAUGCUGAUGAGGCCCGUGGAGCUGCAGGAGCAGAUCCUCCACCGCCAGCACGUCAGGAAGACUCAGGCUGGCCCAGGGUGUGCAGAGAAGGGGAAUAUGAAGGCUGCAGCAGUGACACACAAACCUUUCCCCAAGAAAGCUCUAGACUUUACAUUAUUAUGGAACCCACAGUACCUCAUAUACUUAGUGAUGGUACUGUUUAGCAACCUGUCAAUACCACAGUUCCUGCUGUACCUGCCAGCUUAUGGAUAUUCAAUAGGACUCAACAACUACCAGAACUCCAUCAUUAGUUCCUAUAUGUCUGCCACUGACUGCAUCUUCAGAAUCUCAUGUGGGUUUUUGGUGCAGAAGCUUAAUGUCAAGAAGGCAUACAUCUUCACAGCAGGGUCUGAUGCAGGACUUGACACAGAGCAUGGUGGUGCCAUUCCUCAUUAUGGGGGCCGCCCUCUUCCUUGGGGCUGCCAUCUUCUCCCUGCAACCCCUCGUAGCCAAGAUGUGCAAGAGAGCCAAGGAAUAGGAGCAAUCUCAGGGGUGUUCAGUCACCAUUGCCUUAGGGCAGGCCACACACUCCCCAGUGCUGUGCUUCCAUUACUCCCUCUUGGUUCUUGUAUGUGCCUUAGAGAUGUAUUGAAUGUCCGCAUCCACCUAGUUUUUAACAUUCACAUCCGCAUGCAUAGUUCUGGUAAGUUAAACACCCACAUCUGCAUCCACAUUUGUGAUAAAAUAAAUAUCCACAUCCACGCCACACACAAAGAGGAUGUGGUGGAUACAUUAUAUACAUUACAGACUACAGAGCUUGCGAAGUUGAAGAAAAUUAAUUUAUGCAUGUUUACUCAAUUAUCUACUAAAAUUGUAGACACCUUUUCUUCAUUUCCUUUCAAAUUUACACAUCUUAAUAUGUCAAGAAUUUUAUACAAGGGCAGAAGGAGGGAGAGAAAUUUGCAUAGUGCCUGUGUACGUAUCAUGUAUAUACGUAAAAGUAUGUAUGUAUGUAUGUACCAUGUAAUAGUACUGUAUAAAUAUACUAUAUGUAGUGUUGGAUAAGUAAUUAAGUAUGAAGGGAAGUAGCCUGGCUGGCAAGGAGAGAGAGAGAGAGAGAGAGAGAGAGAGAGAGAGAGAGAGAGAGAGAGAGAGAGAGAGAGAGAGAGAGAGAGAGAGAGAGAGAGAGAGAGAGAGAGAGAGAGAGAGAGAGAGAGAGAAUGUGUAUGAAUGAGAAUGUGUGUGUGUGUGUGUGUGUAAACAAUAUAUACAAACAUUAUGCAUGUCUGUGUAUGUAGCAGUGCUGGGCAUCACAAACCAAAAAUUACUUCCACAAACCACAAAUCCGCAAAUCCACAACCUACCUUCCACAACCACAAAUCCACAAACCUCCUGACACUUACUUUUCUGCAACCACAAAUCCACAAACCACAAACCAUUCCUUGGUAUCUUUUUCUUUUUACAACAAAAGCAUUAAAACAGUUAAAACAACUUAAAAGGGUAGGCCAAUCAAUUAAUAUAUAGAUAAAUGAAUAAAUGUGUUGAUUACCUUUAUUUUAAUAUUAUCAUUAUCAUUUUUAAUGUUAUUUUAAUGUUAUGUUACCUAGGUUGUGCCCUGGGCUGUCCACCUGCACAGUGGAAAAAGCUAAGGUAUAUAGAUAGAUAAAUAGGUGUUAAUUUUUUAUUUUAUUAUCACAGGGCAGUCAGGGAUUCAAACCCAGGUCCACUUAACACCUGGUGGGCACAUGUUCGAAUCCCCCAUUGCCCUUUGUUGAAACUUGCUUAAUUUAGUCCCCUUCCAACAACAAAGGAGAUAAUUCUGUCUUGAGCAGGACCAUGUUGCCCUUCAUGAAGGUUAAACACUCAAAGUUUUCAGAGGUCAGCCUGGCCCUUUUUGGCUUCAUUAUGUCUGACCCUUGGGAGAAUAGUCUUUCCAUGGCUGCAGAACUAGGGAUAGCCAUGUUAUACUUAAGGAAGACAUCAUCCCAGGUUGGGUUUCCAGGAUGGAAAACAUGCUCUGGUCCAAGCUGCAGCUGGUGCUUCUUUCAGAGCACCAAAUGUCAAAUUCCUUGGUCAAUUUGUUGGAGAAGUGGGUGUGGCUGCUGACUUCCAUUGACCCAGACCCAGACAUGUUCAUCCCCAAUUCCUUGAAGGAGUCAUCCUCCCCAUUCUCAUCUGCACUGCUGGUGCUGGCUUCUGUUGUAUUGAUGGCAACAGCAUGCUCCUUUAUUUAUUUCAACAGCCUUGUACAACCUUGUUAGGGUUGAGAAGGCAGACCACAGGCAGCUUGAAAUGGAGGUGGAUUGCAGUCCAUCUCACUGAAGAGGAUGAAGAACCUAACUUUGAAACCCUUUGGUUGCUAUAUUAUGAAAAUUGCUAGAUUUAGCACCAAAAGUGCUAAAUUGACAACACUAGACCUGAGCUAAAAGCUUCUAGUUGCCAAUUUGACAGUUCAGAUAUGGCAAGUUUUGGCAACCCAAAACAAGCUUGUAGCUUGCAGGUAUGUUUGUGUUUGCAUAAGUACUUCCGCAAACACAUCCGUAAAUUUGUGGGGAUUUUGUUGCAAACGCAAAUCUGCAUACAAAAAAUCAGUAAUUUCAGAGAUUGAGGUUUGCGGAAGUGCCCAGGUCUGGUAUGUAUACACUACUCCCUCUUAAAGCUCACAAGAAAGAUUUCAGUGCUUCAUCCUUAACUUUACAUUGUAUAAUUAUACAAGAAUAAGACUUACAACAGCAGCUGUUUGGCAAUAAUUGAAAAUAUAUAGUGAUUUUAUACCAAAAUUCUGAACUGUGAGGAUGUAAUAACUUGAUGUCUACAUCCAUAUCUGCUAUUUGAUAGAAACUGACAUCCGAACACACAUCCACAUCUGCAGAUUUCUGAAUUCUGACAUCUGACACAUCUCUAAUGUGUCUGUAUUACAUUAUUUAUUUUUCUUUUAAUAUACAGGAGGUUGUGGGAAUUCAACAUCUUCCCUUCUUUGUGUGUAUAAUCCAUGAGGACUUAUUUCUUAUGUUCUUUUGAUCAUAUGUAUACUCAGGUCACUACUCACCUGUGGAUUAUAGUCAUGGUCACAAGUUUCUGUAUUUAGAAACACUUUGCUCUCUCACCAUGACUAUUUUCAAGAGCCAGAGAUGAUCAGCCAGGUUCUCAAGAGUGUUUCUCCAGUUCAUAAUGAAGAAAUCUUGUUAAUCUCUCACUAUAACCAUAAACACCAUUAAAACUCAUGUCACUUCAACACUUCAAUUAAAACCUUCUGAAAGUAGUGGAAGUGUGGCACAAAGGUCUUUCAGAAUAUGGUUUAGGAACUGAAGGUUGCAUCAGUGUACUCCAGGGCCCAUAUUCUAUACAGUGCUUAUGGUUGACCAUACCUACCUAUCAUAUUUAACAAUUUAUGACUGUCAGUCUUAUGGCAGUCAGAAGUCGUCUGUCAUAUCUCACUCACUGUCUGCCACUAGAACGCAUGCUCAGAAUUUGCCACCUUUAAAUUUAUGGAAUGAAAUAGGUUUUUGACAUUAUUUUCUUGGAUUUAAAUUGUUUUGACUUCAUAUUAUGACUUCUGGGGAAGUUAGACAGAGUAGUUAAUCAAAAGAAACAUGAUAUUAUAGAAGAUUAUGGCCAACAGCCCGACACAUGCAGGCCAUUCAAGGCAAGGUUUAGGAAAACUGAUCGUACUGCUCCUGGCGAGCAUUUAUAAUAAUACUUUUUUGCCUCAAAGAAGGACGAUAAUAUUAGUUUAUGACAGAGUUACGUCUGAAAUGCGGCAUUUUGUUUCACUAUGACCAACAGACUUGGUUAUGAUAGUUUGUAGAAUACAGGCCCAGCACCUUGCUCAUCAACAGUGUGUCCAAGACUGUGCAUGUAAAUGCAGUGCUAAACCUAAAAUAAAAAUGUUGUGUUCA